AGUACCACGUUGGAGGACUGGACUGCAAUGGCGAAUGAGCAUAAUCAAGGGCUGAGAUUCUUCAGCAGGGAUCGGACGGUUGGGAAUCCACCACGUUAUCACGCAGCAAGCAGCAGUACCCUUAUGGUGCUAAUCGGAGCGAGUAAUCGACUGAGUUGGACUUUGCCGAGUUGAGAACUCACCUGAGCCGAGCCUCCCAUGGCGGACUCGAGCUCGCUCUCAGCUCUCCGUGAUCGUCUUGCUCGGUCAUCGGAGGCGAUUCUGGAGUCUCUUUCCCGAGCAAGCUACACGCCGCCACCGCAAGCCUCGGACUUCUGCGUGAAAUCCGCACUCGAAGCUCUUCUCUCGCGCGGAGCCGCCAUUGAGUCCUCUGCCAUCGCCGAGGACAAGCUCCUCACCUCAAUCAAGGACUUCGCUCUUGCCUGCGCCCUGUUAUCGGCCUCGGAGUCCUCGACUCACGAUUUGCUUUCCUGGAUUCCCCCAACUCUAUCGUCGACCGCAAACUCCGCUCUUGGUGACCUCGCAAGUGCUUACGUUGUGUGUUUCGGCGAGAGAAAUGUGAAGAGCUUGGGCGAAUUGGGUGUGAAUAUUGGAAUUGUAUCUGAAGUGAAGAGGUUGGUGAUUGAGCUGAUGCCUCUGGUCCUAUCAUCACUAAAAGACACCAUUAAGGAGAGCUCCAUUGAUACUUCUGAUGAUGCCGACGGUGUGUCGGCCGCAUCAGCUAGAGUCCCUGUCGGUCACGCCAUUGUCGCGGCUUUUCAGUUCCGGUGGUUUGUUACUCAGGUUGAUUAUCCCAAUUUAGGAAAAUUAUGUAACUUGGUGAUUCCUUGUGCGCUCACAGCGCUUGAUCACUGGUCACCUGCUGUCAAAGGCCAGGGCAUGAUUAGCUUUAUCCACCUUGCAAGAAAUGUGAAUGCUGCAGAGCUCAGUUGGUAUGAGGAUGUGAUUCUCGAUGCAUGCUGCCAUAAUAUUGCUUCCGACGAUGAAAUAUGGUGCCAUGUGGUCGAGAUGUCGGUGCUCCUUGUGACCUUUACACAGAAGAGCAAUCCACGAAGCCCCUGGUUUGAGAAAAUACUAUGCGAGAUGUUAAGCCAUUUGGAGCGGCAACCGAGGAGUAAGGAGCGUCGCGUCGCUUGGCUUAAGUCUAUCGAACCAUUGCUGAAAGGUGUAGGUCUUGUGUUACUAGCUCAUUUUAGACGCAUCUUUCCGCUUAUCUUUCGGUGGAUGCAUGCUGAUGAUGAUGAAACCGUUCUGCUGGUUCUUGAAAGGGCCCAUACUAUAGUAAAGCUAACAUGGAUUAGGAACACACCAUAUGUUGAAAGAUUGGUGGACGAGCUCACUGUUUUGUACAAGGAGGCGGCGUUGAGAAGAGCCCGAGAAGAAAUCAGGAUUCGGGUCAUUCAAUUGCUGAUUUUGCUUCAACAGUGUAAAGGAAGUCAGUUCAAAGCAGCCUGGGAGAAGCACAGGAAUGACCCGAACUUAGUUACUCUUGCUUCAUCUUUGAGCGGGACACCUGAACUCGUGGCUGUCCAGUGAUGGGAAUCGACCAGUUCCUUUUAUUUGUCACUCCAAGAAACAGGCAAUGUUGUUGAGCUUGAUUCAUAUGGCAGCUUAUUGACAGUGGCUGGACUGAAAAGACUGGUCGGCUGCAGUGGGACGAUUUCAUCCUAGUUGAUAAAACAGAUCACAUGUUCGAUCAGAUAGCAGCUCGAUUGCUAUUCACCUACUGCUCAAAACUUGUACCCUAGGUGGAUCGAGUAUCUAAUUCGAAGAUUGGAGACCACAAUAGUUGCUACUGGAGUGUAUAUUUGCGAGGAUCUCCACUCUUGGAGGAUUGAAUUGACUAUCAUCCCUAAUAAAUGAUUAGAAUUAGCAUUGUAUGGCUCCGUUGCAGGAAAAA